AUGAACCCAUUCCCGGCCCCCAGGGACCAGAUCUGCGAUUUCUUCAUCGUCCGGGAGCGCCUCAGGGACCCGCCGCCCCAGGCCAGCGCCCGCGGCCCCACCCCCGCCCCCAUUCCCGUGCCGCCGCGCCACCGCGCCAGCGAGCCCGACGUCUCGCCGACGCGCGACGUCAUUGCGCCGGCGCCGCCGGCGCCGCAGGCGCCGCGGGCGGCGGCCGCGGCGGCGCUCUGCUCGCCCUGA